AGCUCACUGCUUCGUGUAUAUUAUCAGUAAUAAUAUUUCUAUAGACGGCAAAUCAUGAAGAUUUUCGCUUCAUUUCUGUGUGUCUUCAUCACAUGUGCCUUGGUUUACGGGGCACCAUCCAUUAGAGACAUUCACGGUGAAUGCCAAUCCGACCCUGCAACUCGCUUGGACCAUGAUGAAUUCAAAGCAGUUCGCACAGGAGAGUCUUUUGACAGGACGAAAGUAGGUGCCCACAUGCUCUGUAUGAACAAGAAAUUUGGUACUCAAAACGCAGACGGUACCGUCAACAGAAACGCAGUCAAAGAGGUGCUGGCCCAAGACAUUACCGAUGAAACUAAACUGGAAGAAAUCACUAACAAAUGUGUCGAAGAGGGAUCUACUCCUAGUGAAACUGCCCUGAAACUGAGCAAAUGCGUUUCUGAGAACACAAAAGGCGGGAGACACGGACACGGACACGAGCACCAUCACGGACACCAUCAUGAACAUCAUCAUGACCAUUAAAUAACACAUCGAACAAAAACAUAUGAAAAUUGUAAUUUUCUUUUGUUCAAUAAAAUUGAUAAGCGGUCA